GUCCACCCCCGUCCUCCAAGCGCACGGGCAUCCCUGCGCCGCGGGAGCUGCCGAGCGCCGUCGCCCGAGAGAAGGCGGUCCUGAGGCCCAGGAAAGCUCAGCCCAGCCCCACGUCUUCCGGGGCACCCACCCCCACCAAGCAUUCCCGCCCCUCCCUCAAGCCCAAGAAUGAGGCGGAGGUCGGCGACAAGGCGGGCCUGGCGUCCCAGGUCAGGGAGCUGCUGGCCGAGGCCAAGACGAAGGACUCGGAGAUCGUCAAACUCCGCCACGAGCUGAAGAAACACCAAGACCUGUCUGGCUUGGUGGAUCUGCCGGUGGAUGGUCUUCCAGCCGAGGUGAAGUCCCUCAUCCAGGCCCUCCAGGAGAAGAACAAGGCCUUCCAGAGGGAACUUCUCAGCCUUGCCGAGGAAAACCGACUCUUGAAGGAGAAGUUGAGCCAACAGCAGGAACAUUCGCCGCUCUCGGACACCAGCAGCAGCCUGCCCACCCCGACCACGCAGGAGUCCAGUUUUGGCAGCCCGACUCAACCGUCCCUCGGCAGCCACCCUACCAGCGGGAGUCCGUGCCUGAACGGGCCUCCGCUGCGCAACUCGGGCUCCUCCAGCAGCGACGUGACCAAAGCCUCCUUGUCUCCGGACGCGUCGGAUUUCGAGCACAUCGUGGACGUCCCCUCCAGGCCGCCGUCCACCGGCAGCAAUGUCUUCAAGAGCUCCAGAUGUUCCACCUCGGGCAGCUCGCCCAACAAUGUCAGCGACCUCUCGGUGGCCUCGCUCACCGAGCGGAUCCAGCGGAUGGAGGAGAACCACCACUGCACGGCGGAGGAGCUGCAGGCCACGCUGCAGGAGCUCUCCGACCAGCAGCAGGUGGUCCAGGAGCUGACGGCGGAGAACGAGAAGCUGGCCGAAGAGAAGGCCAUGCUGGAGAGGUCCUUCUGCCAGCACCGCGAGCGAGCCGAGCAGCUGAGCCAAGAGAACGAGAAGCUGAGCGCCCUCCUGCAGGAGCGCCCCAAAACGGACGAGAGCAAAGGCAAGGUCCACGAGCUGGAGCUGAGGUGCGCCGAGCUGCAGGAGAAGGCCCAGUUUGAGCGCGAGAAGAUGCUCAACAUCCAGCAGCAGCUGACCAGCAGCUUGAGAGGCCUGGAAAGAGAACACCAGGAGUCUCAAGCGGCGCUCAAGAACCUGGGAGAGGAGGCCAAGCGGCUGGGCGGCCACCUGGAGACUGAGCGGCAGAACAACGCCACCUUGGCCAGGACGCUGGAAGACUGCAAGGUCCACCUGGAAGGCUUGAAGAUUGAGAGCCAGUCGCUGCGCUCCCAGCUGGACAGCGAGAAGCGGAAAGCGGCCGCCCUGGACGCCAUGGAGCAGGCAGCUGGCCGCUCGGACGCGCACGAGCUGCUGCGAGGGAUCCGAGCCGAACGCGACCAGCUGGAACGAUCCUGCACGGAGCUGAGGCAAGAGCUGUUGAAGGCCCAGAGCGAGGUGAAGACACUGCAAGGGCAGCUGGCCAAGGUGGAGCAGGAGGGGGCGCAGCUGCAGGCGAGGUGCGCCGGGCAGGCGGAGGAGCUGAGCCAGACGGGACAGGAGCUGCAGGAGAGGCGCUCGGAGGGCGAGGCGGAGCUGAGGAGCCUGAAGGAGGCGCUCUUCCAGCUGGAGGACCAGGUGGAGCAGCAGCGGGUGGUCAGGCUGCACGACCAGCAGAUCAUCGGCCAGAUGGAGGAUAACCUGCUCAAAUUGGAAGACCAGAAGCUGGAACUGGAGAGGCAACUGAAGAUGCUGAAUAAACGAAUUAAGGAGGACACGGAGGAGUGGCGCCGCUUCCAGGCCGACCUGCAGACCGCCGUGGUGGUGGCCAACGACAUCAAAUGCGAGGUGCAGCAGGAGCUGCGGGCCGUCAAACGGCGCCUCCUGGAGGAGGAGGAGAAGACUGCACGGCUGCAGAAGGAGCUGGAGGAAGUCCAAGGAGGACGCAGCCGGUUGACAUCGGACUCCGUCACCUGUACAGAGACAGAAGCCGCCAAUCAUUGGCCCGGGGUGCCGGUCAGCCACCUUUCGCCAACCCCUCCAGAGUCCUUGGCCACCGUCAAAUCCCUGAUCAAGUCUUUUGAUUUGGGAUGCUCAGGGAGCACCGGGCAGAGCGUGCCCAUCCACAAGGUCUGCCGGAGUCCACUCAGCAACAUCCCCACCCGGACGGCCCCUGCGGCUGCUGUGUCGCCCAUCCAGAGACAUUCCACUUUUACCAACCCCAAAUCGGUGGGAAAGACUUUAUCCAAACACACGGAUCUCCUGGAACUGCCUUUGGGGGAUCUGCUCAAAGGGAGGAACGAGGACAUGAAGCCGGACCCCUUCCUACGCAAAAGCCCCUCCCUGGAGUCCCUCAGCAAGCCCCCCACCAUGACCUUCGGGGGCCGGAUGUUCACCUCCACGCCCAGCGGCUUAAAACCACCCAGCAAACUCAGUGUGGAGAGGAAGGAUCCACUGGCUGCGCUGGCCAGGGAAUAUGGCGGCUCAAAGCGGAACGCGCUCUUGAAAUGGUGUCAGAAGAAAACCGAGGGCUACCCAAAUAUCGACAUCACCAACUUCAGCAGCAGCUGGAGUGACGGCCUGGCCUUCUGCGCCCUCCUACACACCUACCUGCCCGCUCACAUCCCUUAUCAAGAGCUCAACAGCCAAGACAAGGUGAGAAAAGACUUGGCUGGAUUUCCCUUCCGCUGAUCGCUUUUUCUUGCCCUCCCGCAGGAACUGAGCGAGAUUAUGUACACGGAUCGUCCAGACUGGCAAAGUGUGAUGCAAUAUGUGGCCCAGAUCUACAAAUACUUUGAAACUUGA